GCGGCCGGACUAUAAAUAAACUACCAGUUGGAGCUCAGUUGAAGGGUCAGGACAGCUGAAGGAGUGGGCUGUCCCGGAGUUCAGCUGGUGUGGGCUAACAGCAGACUGUGUGUCUGAAUCCUCUUUCCAGGCAAGAAACUAAAACUCUGCUAUAAAGAAGAUCCACUUUUGUUUGAUUUGAAGCCCCUGAAAGGCUCUUCAAACCCCCCUGCCAGGCGCGAUGGCUCUACCGAUAAACCCCAUGGACGAACCCAGGAUGUACCAGCAGACGUUGCUCCAGGACGGCCUGUAUGACCUGCUGGAGAAUGACAAGCUGGUUGACUGUGUGCUGAAGAUCAAAGACAAGGAGUUUCCCUGCCACCGGCUGGUCCUGUGCGCCUGCAGCUCCUACUUCCGCUCCAUCUUCCUGUCUGACAUAGAGGAGAGCAAAAAGAGAGAGAUCGUCCUGGAGGAUGUGGAGCCGGGCGUCAUGGGGCUGGUCCUCAAGUACCUGUACACCUCCAAAAUCAAUGUGACGGAGCAGAACGUCCAGGACAUCUUCGCCGUGGCUAAUGUGUACCAGAUCCCUUCAAUUUUCACUGUUUGUGUGUCUUUCCUUCAAAAGCGCCUGAGCCUCAGCAACUGUUUGGCUAUAUUCAGGCUCGGCUUGAUGUUGGACUGUCCCAGGUUGGCCGUCUCUGCCCGAAACUACGCCUGCGAGCGUUUCCAGCUCAUCACCAGAGAUGAAGAGUUCCUCCAGUUGCUCCCUAGUGAGUUGGCAGCCAUUUUAGCAAACGACAAUCUGAACGUAGAGACAGAGGAGGCGGUGUUCGAGGCUUUGAUGAACUGGGUGUCUUACGACUCUCAGAACAGAGAGAAAGACCUGCCAGGUUUGCUGGAUUGCAUUCGUUUGCGUCUGGUCAAAGAGGACUACCUGAAGGAGAAAGUGGAGAAACACAAACUGAUUGCCUUUAAUCCGGAGCUGCAGGAGAAACUCCAGCUGGUUCGGGAUGCUCUCGUUGGGAAAAUGCCAGAGGUUAAAAAAAGCAAAAGCAAAAAGGAGGACGGUGGAGCAGAGAAAAAUGGAGAGAAUGAGGAUAAUGAGGAAGAGGAGGGUCUUCUCCCGGGCAUCCUGAAUGAUAACCUGAGAUUUGGCAUGUUUGUCAGGAACUUGAUACUGAUGGUGAACGAGGUGGGUGCUGUGGCCUACGAUCCCAAUGGGAACGACUGCUUCGCGGCUUCACUUUCCACGCAGGUUCCCAAAAACCACGUCAGCUUGGUCACCAGGGAGAACCAGAUCUUUGUGGCGGGAGGAUUAUUCUAUGAUGAACAGAACAAAGAAGAUCCACUGUGCUCAUAUUUCCUACAGUACGACCCGGUCACUGCUGACUGGCUAGGGAUGCCUCCUCUCCCGUCUCCACGCUUCCUGUUCGGGCUGGCCGAGGCUGAGAACUCCAUCUUUGUUUUGGGAGGGAGGGAGCUGAAGGAGCAGGAGCGCACGCUGGACUCCGUUUUGGUCUAUGACAGACAAUCUUUUAAAUGGGGUGAAUCAGAGCCGCUUCCAUACCCGGUCUAUGGACACGCAACGGUGUCACACAGUGAUGUUGUUUAUGUGAUUGGAGGAAAGGGAGACGAAAAGAGCUGUCUGAAGAAGAUGUGUGCGUAUGACGCCAAGAGAUUUGAAUGGAAGGAGCUUGCACCCAUGAAGGUUGCCCGUUCUUUAUUCGGAGCCACUGUUCAUAAGGACAAAAUAUAUGUGGCGGCGGGAGUCACCGACAGUGGGCUGACAGACUCUAUGGAGGUGUACGACAUUGCUACAAACAAGUGGACAGACUUUGUAGCGUUUCCCCAGGAGCGUAGCUCUCUGAACCUGGUGUCUUUAGCUGGCCAGCUGUACGCUGUAGGAGGUUUCGCCAUGAUGCCUUUGGAGGACAGCGACGAGAUGGUUCCCAAAGAGAUGAACGACAUUUGGAGGUUUGAUGAGACAGAGAAGAAGUGGAUGGGGAUCCUCAGAGAGAUCCAGUAUGCUUCAGGAGCCACUAUUCUGGGGGUCCGCCUCAAUACGCUGCGUCUCACCAAGAUGUAAAAGCGUCUCCAGUUCCUGCUUGCAGAACAGAAAUCUAUGCACAGUGAGAUGUCACAUUGGUUAAAAAAUCUGCUACUGUAGUGUUCAAUGUUUUAUUUUACACUAGUUCUAAUACUGUACUUGUGCCUUAAUGUCAUGUACAUUUUUUGAUUGAAGAGAUUUUUAUAUAUGAGUUUCAGUGAUUUUAAUCUGGCUGAGAUUGUAAAACUGUAAACAGUCUGUAGCCCACUGACAUUUUUUGCACUGUAAUUAAAUAAAAUAUUAGUAUUUAACACCAAAAACUUGUCCUAACAGCAAUGGUAAAAACGUGUUGGCAAAGAUUUUGUAAAUUUCCCAACAGAUGGCAGCAAAGUCAUAAUGUGGGUGCCUCCAGAGAGGAUGGCUUAAACAUGACACAGUGCAAAAAAAAACAACAAACAAAACAAUUCACAAUUUGUUUGUACAGACAAAAGCACAUCACACAUCUCCAUUUGCAAUAAUAUAUCUAUACUGUUUAAUAUUGAAAUGAUUUCAUUACGCUCUGCUUUGUUACAGACAGUAAACACUAGUCAAUAAUACAAUAAAAGACAGAAAAUACAGUCUAAUGUUAAUAGCACCUCUAGACACUAUCGUCCUUGUACGGUUUUUAGUAUUUUAAUAUAGCUGAACUUGACAACUACUGCCUACACAUGGUCUUUGUACACCAGAGUUAACUAAGACAUAGUGUUUACAUUAUAAAGUAGAGAAUCAGCAAAUAACAGUACACAGUAUGAUUUAACACAGCUGCAGUAUGAGUAAGUAUGGGAGAUGUAGAGGGUACGUGGAUAAUACAUCUUUGAAUUGACUAUGGCAUUGGUGCCUAUGGUUAUAUUAUCACAUAAAUCUUUGCCCAAAAAGGGGAAAAGUCACCAUCAAACAAACUUAGAACAGCCAACCAAACUUUCACAUGCAAAGUAACCAACAUUUGUUUUCCAAUUUUCUGGUUUAGUUUAUAUGGAGCCUCAAAACCGCCAAAAUGCAGUAAAACAUUAGCAGAUGAGUCUAAAAUACCACUAAACACAUCAAUAAAUACUGUCAUAAAGAAAUAGUGUGAAAUCUAACUUUAUUUUACCCUUAAAAGAGUCUGUAAAAAAGCAAAAUACUAUUAUUUGGGUAACAUUUUUAAAGGAUUUUAGAGGAUUUUGUGGUUAGCCAGCUUGUUAACUUAUAAAAAACUCAUACAAUUAUCCCAGCAAGUACACAAAUGCUGAUCAUUCUUAUAAUCUACAAUACACUACUGUCAUGUUUGCUAGCUAAGACUCUGCUAUUGUAGGUACGUUAUCCUUUACAUUUUGUAAAUGAGUUUGUGAUUUAAUGUCUCUUUUCAAACAUAUUAAGCUUAAAUACAAACAGUAGCUUAUUUUUAAGUGACUGGAAGUUAAAGGAAAAGUAGUUCUCGAAUUUUCACAUAUGAGAAGCUGAAACCAGAACAUUUUGGCUUUUUUUUUUUUAACAACUAAAAAAGAUUGAUGGAUAAUCAGAGGGUUAGGAUUAUUAUUAUCAAUAUGAUACAUUUUCUGUCUCUACAUUUUAAUAAUUCAACAAACAAUAUAUAUAUGUAUUUUUAAUUUUCAGUUCUUUUGACUUGUAUGGUAACUUUUUGUCAGUUUUGGGGCUCCAUACAUUUGUACCCAAAAUACGGGAAGCUAAAAACAAAAAAAAAAAUGCUCCUCCAUUCUUAGAAAAAGAGCCUUUUUCCAACUUCAAAAGAGUAACAAAUUUCUUCAAAUUCUUACAUACAUACAAUGUUUUCCCUCCAAUAUCAUCACAAAACUUUAGUUAUUGCUACUGAAAAAAUAGCAAUAAUCCCCAAACUUUUCUCGAAGCUAAAGGCCACAGAAUCAAAUCCUUUUGGAUACACACUUCGGCUCUAGAGGCUGAACUCCAAAAACUACAAGUUCCAGUAGAGACCCAACUCGGCAAUCCUAUAAGCACUCUGCUGUGUACCCACUGCCAUGCCUUAAUGUUUCAAUAUGUGACAAACAUUUGCCUUGAGUGCAAUGCAAAGUGCACAGUCACUGUGGGUCUAGGCACCCGCUUAAUCACUGACAAACCCUCAUUUAAGGACAAGGGCAGGUCCACCUUUGCCUAAUCUAAUACAAGCCUUUGGCUGCUAGCCUUAAUAAAGGAGAAUUUGGCUAAUUAAAACACAUAAAGCCUACCUGCCUAGAAUAUAGGACCCUAAAAACUGUGCAAAUUUUCCCUUCUCAGCUUCUAAAAUCUCAGCUUUACUGCCAUGUAACUUUUAAAUAAGAAAAACUUACACUUAAAAUAAUGUAAUAUUAUUUUUUUAGGAUUUGGGAGAUGUCAGGGCUCAUAAAUGUCUCUCUCUGAUACAUUUUAAAGCACAGCUUGAUCAAGUGUUGCUUUGAUGAUGUAUCAGAUGGGUCUUGUUUGCAUUUUAGGGAACACUUGUUCACUAAAUAAUCCAAGACAAAGGAUUAGCAUUUAAAUUCUGCUUUCUAGGAUAAAUUUAGACUUCCCCAUUUCUUCCAAAUGGGGUGUCAUGUUUUCAAAUAUAUAUAUAUCUUUUUAUAUACUUUUUUUUAAAAAACAUUGGCCUUUGAAGACAAAUCAAAUAAUCUGCUCAGUGUCAUUCACCCCCAAAAUAAUGAAUGUGUGGUAGUUUGUUUGAUUUAUUAUAAUACUAUUUGAUUAAUACAACACUGAGUUGGAAGUCUGUAACUUAAGUAGACAUUAGUAUAAUAUUUCAAUCUGAUUCCAAGCAGGUACAUAUAGUAGUGCUUCUUUUUGCAAGGGCUGAACAAACAGUUUUGAUGUCCCUUUGGUCUAAAUAAAAUGUUGUUUCAGAGCACCUGCCAAGGA